AUGAUUCAAUCCCCAGUCUUAUUACUGGUCUUCUUCAUAACACAUUUUAUUCGACCCAUUUUUAACGAUAGAAUAUGCUUGUGUGAUAUCAGGCCGUCGGUUUGUGACAAGUUCUGUCAGUGUGACACAGACUGCUUUAGUGGCGAAAAUAACUCGUUUUCCUCCUACAUCUCUUUAGAGAGGGGUUCUUAUGGUUCGAGAUGGUGCAUUCCAAAGGGACUUCAUUUCCUAUCAAAUGCAGCAUUUUCUAGGAGUCAGGACGGUGAAAAUAUAUGUUUUUCCGACACAAACUAUUUGAGAGAAAACUACCUGCAGUUAAGUCGCGGUUCCGGACAGUUUUGGAUGAAUUCUAUUUCAAUAACUAACUUAAAUUUGAUAAACGAUUGUUCGGAAGAUUAUCUGUGCUUAUUCUAUAGAAACAGGAUUCUUGGACGUUUCACACUCCCUAGUGGUUUAGGAUGUCGCGUAGAUUUUUCACCAAAAUUUCUAAACAACAUAACAACCAAGUGCACACGCACGUUGAAUUUUAAAGAUAAUGGUUCAAGUUGUACACAACUGCCAAGUGUCUUAACGUACACGGAUGGAUUAAAGUUUUUGCGACUACCGAUAUCAAAACUUUUUCAAAACAAGAGUAUUCGUUUGGAAGAAAUUAUGGCUAGUAAUAAUACGGUUUCGAUUGGUUUAUUUAUUUGUAAGAACUUAAACGAUGACGUCAUAUCAUGUCCAACAUCUCCAUCUUUACUCGAUUCAACGAAACAAGCGUGUAUGAAUGCAGUCAUGGGAGUGAAGUUCAGUAUUAUUUAUAAUGAAAAUGGUAUAACAAACAUUUCAGUUGAAUUUAUCAUUGCAAACGUCACAACUACAAAGUUUGAUCAGUUUCAUACAGCACAAUUUAUUGAAGAAAACAAUUUAUCCAACAUAAGUACAUUAAUAGCUACUGACUAUCUAAGCGGAAAUCCAGGCUACCUAAAAAGUUAUCCUAUUCGAGCUGGUUAUAAAGAAGAUUCUAAUGCUACUAAUUCAUAUAUAACAAUGAUACCAUACCCAUUAAAUCCUAUAAUAUAUCCAAAUGAAUAUGGUCGAAUGAAUUUUGGUUGGUGGCCUAUUCCUAAUAUUGGUGAUUGUACAAAGUAUACUAGUCAAAGUAAAACAAUAUUAUUUGGACAAAACACUUUCAGUUCUUGUGUAUUAAGACUAAAGCCAUUGCGAGAAAAUAAUUAUACAAAUUGUAAUGAACUGGAACAAGUCAUUAGUAUGUCAUUAAAACCACCUAUUACUCAUGUUGGUAUCUGGGGCAAUGCAGACAAUAAACGCAUAACAGAUUGGAUUAAAGUGGAUAUAUUCAAUGAAAAACAAAAUAACACUGUUUUUUCUAAUGGAACAAAAUCUUGGUCAUGUCAAAAUAUCAUUAUAGGUCAAACAAUUAACAUUUAUUAUGCUAGAAAAGGUAGUUUAUACGAUCCACAAAAUCGUAUUAUUGCAGUGCAUAAAGUUUAUAAACGUGGAACUAUUGGAUAUAAAUGUCAAGGUUAUGCAUGUAUAGACGACAGUCAAUCAAAUCCGGAACAGAAAUUCCUUAUUACUACAAAUGUACUAUUUCAUGAUUUAACCUUAUUAUGA